AUGGGCAAGAAGCAGGCUGGGGCGCUGGGGCGCUCGCUCCGCCGCGGGGUCCGCGCUGGAGCGGCGGGAUGGCGCCACACGAGCGAGCUGGGCGAGCAGGGCCGGGGCCCCCCGCCGCAGUCGGUGACGGAGCAGAGCCCGCUGGAGGCCUUCCUGGCGGCGGCGGAGCUGGCGGACGCUGCCUUCGCGGCAGAGAAGCUGGACGUGCGCCUGGUCCCCGGCGGGGCUGCGGAGGAGGCCGCCCGCCCGCGGGAGGAGCAGGAGCGGCAGGUGCUGCGCGUCCCCCGAAGGCCGCCCUGGGACGAACAAACAAGCCCUGCGGCAUUGGAGCAGGCUGAAAGAGACAGCUUCCUGAGGUGGAGGAGGCAGCUUGCGUGGAUGGAGGAAGAGGAGAACCUCCUGCUGACCCCAUUUGAGCGAAACUUGGACUUCUGGCGUCAGCUCUGGAGGGUCCUGGAGAGAAGCGAUGUUGUGGUUCAGAUUGUGGAUGCCAGGAACCCCCUCCUGUUCAGGUGCCGAGACCUGGAAUGCUACGCUAAAGAAAUCAGCCCGGAGAAGGAGAACCUCAUCCUGCUCAACAAAGCCGACCUGCUGGGGGAGGAGCAGCGCUCGGCCUGGGCCCGCUUCUUUCAGAAGGAAGGGGUCCGCGUGGUCUUCUGGUCGGCCUUGGCAGAGGGGAACCGGCUGGGGGCCAGCCCUGAGGAGGAGGAGGAGGAGGAAGCCUGGCUGACUUGCUCUGAAGAUGGGGAGCCAGAGAGCCCCAUUGUGCCCUUGGGGAGAAGCAGGGCGGAGCUCUCACAACCGGCACCCCCCCAGGGCCCCCCCGUCAGAAACAGCAGCCGCCUGGUCCAAAGAGAGGAGCUCCUGGAGAUAUUUGAAACUCUUCACGCUGGGAGGAAGAAGGUCAGAGACGGGCAGCUCACCGUCGGCUUGGUGGGCUACCCCAAUGUAGGGAAGAGCUCGACCAUCAACACCAUCCUCGGGAAGAAGAAGGUGUCCGUCUCUGCCACGCCAGGACGCACAAAGCACUUCCAGACGCUGUUUGUGGAGCCCUCCCUCUGCCUCUGCGACUGCCCUGGGCUGGUGAUGCCCUCCUUUGUCUCCACCAAAGCCGAAAUGGUUUGCAGCGGCAUCUUGCCCAUCGAUCAGCUGCGGGACCACGUCCCCCCCGUCAGCCUCGUCUGCCAACGGAUUCCUCGGCCAGUCUUGGAGGCCACCUAUGGGAUCAGCAUCCUCCGGCCACGCGAGGAUGAGGACCCUGACCGGACGCCAACCUCAGAGGAGCUUCUCUCGGCCCUGGGCUGCAUGAGGGGCUUCAUGACGGAUCACGGGCAGCCAGACCAGCCGCGCUCAGCCCGUCUCGUGCUGAAGGACUACGUCACGGGCAAGCUGCUCUACUGCCACCCGCCUCCGGGCGUGGAUGCCAAGCUCUUCCAGUCGGGGCUCGAGAGGCUCCGGCCCAGCCAAGGGGCAGCAGCAGCAGCAACAAUGCAGCACAACGGGCAGCAGCCGUCUGGCAGGGGCCCCAGGGCGAAGCAGACGGAGAACCCGGUGGACUUGGCCUUCUUCCACCAGGAGAACGUCCGGGCCCUGACCAGAGGCAACCGGGCCAGAGUGGGCUGCCCAGCAGAGACGGCCGUCCACCUCCCUUCCGGACCUGGCUCGGCCGAUGGAGCCGGGAAGCCGUGGAAGAGACACGGGAACCGGAACAAGAAGGAGAAGCUGCGCCGCCUCAACAGGCACCUGGAGGCCUGA